ACAGAAUCCAACUCAAUCAAAGCACAUCAGUAGUCUGGGGCCUUAGCCAUGAUAGGAUGUGGAAUGUUUCGAUCACAGAGUAAACAUUUGCACAGGUCUCUGGUUUACGGAAUUCCACCACUAGCUGUCUGCAGGCCACAACUUGGGUAUACAGCAGAGAUGUGAAAUAAACGAUAAACAGAAUCUAGUCUGGUUUAAUUUUUUUACAGAGCUACAGCAGGCACCAGAACACAUGGAGCAAUGGAUUGUCCUCUUGUGUCUGGCUCUGGCUGGGGCUGGGCAAUGCCUGGGCAGCUUCAGCGACUAUGAUUAUGGGGGGAUGCCCGUCAUGAUUAACCGACUGGUGGGAGAGCCCAGCGUGUUGAGUCUACGAGGGCGCGUGGAUGCCAACUGGUACCGUGUCAUGAAUAGCGAGAGCUGCCCAUUGGAGUGUGACUGCCCGAUACAGUGGCCCUCUGCCAUGUACUGCGACAGCAGGGGUCUCACGUAUGUGCCCACCACCCUGCCCCAGAGGACGCAGUACCUGUUCCUACAGGGCAACCGCAUCUCCAGCCUCCCCCCAGAGGGGUUUAAGAACUCGACUCUCACACGCUGGCUCAUUCUGGACCACAACGAGAUGGUGAGCAAUCAGAUCUCCGGGGCAGUGCUCAAGGGGUUACCCCAUCUGCAGAACCUUUUCAUCAACUACAACAACCUGACCGAUAUCCCCGGGCCCCUGCCCGAUGGCCUGAAGCAGCUCCGACUGGCACACAACAAGAUCGGCAAAAUCUCCCCCAACGCUUUCGAAAAUCUCAAGAACCUGACUCUACUGCUGUUGCACGGGAACCAGCUGAAAACCAUCGGAGAGGCUGAUUUCAAAGGUCUGCAAUCCAUCAUUCUCCUGGAUCUCAGUCACAACAAGCUGAUCGAAUUCCCUAAGAAUCUGCCCCCUUCCAUCCAGCAGCUCUAUGUCUCUAACAACUCCCUGGCCUCCCUCCCUCAGGACUGCCUGAUGGGCUUUGACAGGCUGCAGUAUCUGCGGAUCAGCCACAACAAGCUGGUCAACCAGGGGCUCCCUGCUGACGUCUUCAACGUGCCCUCCAUUGUCGAGCUUGACCUUUCCUACAACCAGCUCUCCUCCAUCCCUCCCGUGCACCAGGCUCUGCAGUACCUCUACCUGGAAGCCAAUCACAUCCAGGAGUUCAACAUCACCAGUUUCUGCCGAAAGGUCAGCCCUGUUGACUUCUCCCGCAUGAGGAUCCUUCGCCUGGAUGGGAAUCAGCUCUCCUACAGCCAGCUGCCCUUGGACUGGGGUCUGUGUCUCAGAGUGCUGAGGGACAUCUACAUCUAGCGCAGAAAACCAACUGAACAAGCCUGAGGCAUUGGGACAAGUUUACUAAAAUCAGAUCUAGAAUAUGGUAGCUCUCCAAGUCCAUUCUAUCCCGGGACAUUGGGUUCCAGUUAAAAAACAAACAUGCUGGCUCUAGUUCAAAUUUAACAGAAGUAAAUCUUAGUAAAUGUGUCCCUUACACUUUCAGCCUGUAGCAAUUUCAUCACAUUUCUAACUUCACGCACAAAAUGCCAAGGAUGCUGCCUUAAUAUUCAUAUAUUCAGUUAAACAAAUUGAACAUUGUAGUUUAAAAAAUAAAAAAAUAAAAUAAUAAUAAUAAUAAUAAUAAUAAUAAUAAUAAUAAUAAUAAUAAUAAUAAUAAUAAUAAAGAAGCUAUCUCAGUCUGGCUCAAAAUAUUGAAAAAUGUGAUUCAUUGUGUUUGAACAUUAGCCAGGGCAGCUGAGAAACUAUUUAUGCAAACCGCUUUUCUGUUUUUUCCAGUUUUUGAGCACAGGAAGAAUGGCCUCACUUUUAAAGAUUGCAUGAUAGCACUCUCCAGAUUAUUUCCAGAUUCUCUUCCCUGAGUAGUCUGUCUGAACUGCUGUUACUGUGAAACUAGCAGCAGACACACACAGUAGUAUAUUAAUACCAAGCCCUGAUGCUGGUACUUUCUAUCAUCCCUCAACAGUAAAUUGUUCCCUGUAAAGGUUCCUGUUGCUAAACGGUCUGGUCUAAAUCAAAACUGAAAAUAGACUAUCAGCAGGAUGAGGGUAAUCUAGUGUUAAAGAGUGGAGGUGUUCAACAAAAUCAUUCACAUUUACUGUAUUCAUUUUUACAGUGUAUAAAAAUAACAGAAUUAACACAAUUAUAUUGUCCUUACCUGCCUCUCCACAGGUUUGACAAUAGAUAUUGAGGUCCUCUUAAUUGUGGGAGUGGAAUAUUCUCCAGCCCUUGCAGGAUGGUAUCACUGUGCAUUUCAGCGUUGAGGUUUAUCUUGACCAGUGGUGUCCAAACCCGACUGGAGUUGCAACCCAGAGUGGAUUUCUCUGAGGCAACUAUGCACCAAAUUAUAAACCCUGUUAGUGGUUAAAAUGAGAAUUGAGAACGGCCCACUGUGGAAUGUUUGGACACGUCUGAUCAAGACAUUGCAUGAUCAUCCCCCAUCACUGACCUUUGAAUCUGGCACCAGGCAAACCCACUCACAUCCCAACACAAUUCACAUUCAUGAAAUAAUCCUUGGGAAGCUUAAUUAUCCAAGUCUGAGCCACUUUAGAAACAAGUGUGCUUGAAGGAUCAAAGCACACUCAAUAAUUAGCAUCCUUUGUCUGUACAGUACACACCUACUUACAAUACAGUGCCAAAGUCUUUAUUAAAAUAUGACCUAAAUACAGUAUUUUGCAAUAGUUAGUACAGCAGUUAUUGCUACUUGUUAGUAGAUUUUUUUUAAUGCAUUAGUGGAAGUGCCUCGUAUAUUUAAGACUUUUGUUUUGCUUGGUUCAUUUCAAAAAAUAAAUGCUGAAGCUUCUCCUUAAACAUUUCGAGCAUUGAGAGGAAAGGACUGGGUUUUCCACCCAGUCUCCUGAGUUAAUCUUGCGUUGUUGCUUUCAGAGGUAAUUUCACUCUGGAAAGAAAAAAAAAAUCAUACAUUGCAGACCGCACUGGAAAUCCGUACACUUCAUCAAAUGCAUGGAAUGUGAAAACCUGGGAGAUUUAGCUUAAUUCAGAAUCUAUGGAGACAUUCGACUCAAUCAAACCGUGCAUAGCCCACCAGCUGUAUUUAGCUCAUUCGGCAAAUAUUCCAUUGUGCAACCUGUGUUCAAGGGGGGCUGGUAUUGUGUUUUAGUUUGGAGAGGCAUAGCUUAGACGGUUGCCUGUGUUAACACUUCAUAAACACUCAAGUGCAAGUCAAGGGGAACAUCUCUCAAAGUAGGAAUCAUGUUAUUAUUUUAAUUAGGGUCUUUCUCAUGGAUCACUCCCAGAAUGGAAGGUAUAGUGCGCCAUUCUGGGAGUGAUUUCAGUCAUUAAACUGCUAUGAAGACAUCCAAAACAGGUGAUAUACUGUAUAAGAUCUUACUGUAAAUGCACAAUUUAAAAUUUUAGCAAUGAGUGAUUCAUUCUAGUGUAGGAAAUAUUUAAGAAUCUUUGAAGCAUAUGGGGAAGGAGGAACUAGGGUGUUCUUAGGGGGUACACAGCAUGCACAAUAACAUGCUGUGAAACAGAUUAACAGUAUUGGGUAUGGAAAUUGGAAAACUAAUUUAAUGUACUUUUAGAGGGACAUUUUGGAUUUAUUCACAGACUACAAAUUAAACAUUUAUAAGCAUUCAAUACAGAAAGAGUUCUGUCCUUUCUUGGCUCAUCACGCUCUCGAUCAGACUAGACUGUUAUGUUACAUAAAAUUAGCAAACAGCGGCAUCAUUCAGUUAUAUCCAGGUUUUGUUCUCCAAGUAUACUUGGAAAAAAGAAAAAAAACAACAUUCCGGACAUCAUAACAUUUUAAUACGAUUACACAACUGCCUGGCAUUUCUGUUAUUGUCAUGGCAACUGUGUUUUUUUAUUAUAAUUACAUCCCCAGGUUUGCAAUGCAUCACUGCUUAUGUUGUCAGUGUACAACAGAACCUGUGUAUGAUAGCCGUAGUGAAUUCCACUGAGGGAAUGCAUUUGAUAGUUUUAUAAUCUGUCUGGAUUGCUACAUAUAAGAAUACUUGAUACACACAGAAUACUUUUUUUUUUUUCCGUGGACGUCUUUGUGCUGAAGGCGAGACAGGAAUUUUCAAGCCAACCUGAUGCACUUCUAUUAGGACCUAAUUUUUCCAAUUGUUGUCCGGUUCUCCCAAGAUGGAAAAAAAAAAAUCCUGGAUCCUGGUGUGGCCUUGUUUCUUACUUUGUUUAACAAUUAACAAUGUGCUUUUUGAAUGCCAUUCCUGAACAAAAUAGCAACCCUUGCCGUGGUGUUUAGUAAGCGUUGGUAGAAGGUGUUGAGUGAUGAAUGGGUUUGCUCACUGUAUCCAGAACUCAUCAUCUGCUUGUCAGCUUAAACUUCCAUGUAGUAAAAGUCAAUAUUUUUUUUUAUCAAACAAGAGUGAAGCAUGGCCUGAAACCCAGACGUUCACACUUACCAAAACUUUACUGGUUUCAUAAAGCAUCAUUUUGCAAACCCUGCCAAAGCUAGCAAACAGGUUACAUCAUUUUUUAAUAAAAUAAACAUCUAAAAACUACGGGCAGGCCAUUUAAAGGCACACUUCAGUCUGUGAGCAAACGAAGCAUGUAUGUGUAAAUAUUGAGAAUGAGUGCUAACCCAUCUGCACCAUGACCCCUGUGAUUGGAUGUAAAUCGAUUGCUUCUUAUUACUAAUCUGGGAUAUGCAGAAAUCCAAAACGCAAUACAGCAGAUAUAAAAGUUGCUGCUUCUUCCAAGUAAUGCAUCACUUUGUGUGUUCAAGCUCACACCAAUGAUCGAGCUGCAAUCUGACCAUGUGACCUGCAUCACAAUAUAAAAAAGUGAUACUGUUAAUAAAGUUAAUAAGAGGGAGGACUGAUUUUAAAGCAUUGGUUAGCACUCUUUUCAGUCUGCUGAAUACAUAAGUAUAAACAGACAGUGCAUUGUCAGUUUGCACUUGUGACCUGUCUGGAAGUUGCAUGCUUCCUCCCCUGCCUUGCCUCUAGCCUUUCAUUCCCACCAGGGCCAUUUGGAUUACACUCCUGCUUCUGUCUACAAGCUGAUGAUAUGCACUGCAGGCAGAUCCCUAAAGCCCUGCCCAUCAGCUUCUCCGACUCUCUCUCAGAGUCCUGUUACUGCCUGGUUUUCUCAUUAAUGGAAGAAUGUUUGUAUUCCUCUGCAGUGCCAGCAGCUCUCUGCUCUUUAAAUCAGGGCUUUCUUCAUGGUGGGGUCCAAAGGACCCAGAGUAAAAAAUGUGAACCCCAUAACAAUUUGAAAUAUGAUCUUGCCAUAAAGAUACAUCAUUAAUACAAGCUGUUCCUACUUGCUAAUUGCUAUUUCAUUCUAUAAUAAAUCAUUUGUAAACUAUUACGCAUUCGUAAAGUAUUUAAAUUGUACCUUCUGCGCAGCAUUUAAUAAUGCUGUGUGUUCUGUAUGAAUCUCUUUGCUUGUUUUAGGUUAUUAUUUCCCAUGCUUAUUAACUAAUCCAUCAGAUAUUGCUUCUAAAAAGACCCCUCAAGGUGGAUCUUUUUGAAGUGUUGGGGAAGUAUAUUAGCAUUGCACUGUGAACUGAAGCCUGUGUAACACUGUUGUUUCCUCUCAGAAACUCUCUUCAUUAUAAUUGUAAGCUGGAAUAGUUAGUAAGCUUUGUGUAUAGCCAUCUACUAAGCAGAAACAA